AUGGAAGGAGAAAACCAAACAGCUCUGUCGGAGUUCAUCAUCCUAGGGUUCUCCAACCUAAAUGAUUUGCAACUGUUACUGUUUAUGGUCUUCCUUAUGAUCUAUCUCUGCACCCUGGGAGGGAAUCUCUUCAUUAUCCUGGUGACAUGGGUUGAUACUCGACUACGUACCCCUAUGUAUUUUUUUCUGAGAAAUCUGGCCUUCCUUGACAUCUGUUACACCACCACCAAUGUCCCCCAGAUGUUGGUGCAUCUCUUGUCAGAGAAGAAAAGCAUCUCCUAUGGGGGCUGCAUAACCCAGCUCUUCGCUUUUCUUUUCUUUGUGGGGGUGGAGUGUCUUCUGCUGGCGGCAAUGGCAUAUGAUCGUUACACUGCCAUCUGUAAGCCCUUACGGUAUUCAGUCAUCAUGAACAAGGCCCUCUGCAGCAAGUUAGCAGCCUCAUGCUGGGUCAGUGGUUUCCUCAACUCAGUGGUGCACACAGUAUUGACCUUCCGCCUGCCCUUCUGUGGCAACAACCAGAUUAAUUAUUUCUUUUGUGACAUUCCCCCUUUGCUGAUCUUGUCUUGUGGGGACACUUCUGUCAAUGAGUUGGUUUUGCUUUGCGUUGGGGUCUUCAUCGGUUGGGCUCCUUUCCUGGGUAUCAUUCUUUCCUAUCUCUUUAUUAUUUCUGCCAUCCUGAAAAUUCGCUCUUCAGAAGGGAGGCAAAAGGCUUUUUCGACCUGUGCCUCCCACCUGCUCAUUGUGCUUCUCUACUAUGGAAGUUCCAUUUUCACCUAUGUACGGCCCAUUUCAUCCUACUCGUUGACAAAAGACAGGCUAAUCUCAGUACUGUAUAGCAUUGUUACCCCCAUGCUAAACCCCGUAAUUUAUACUUUGAGGAAUAAGGACAUAAGAAAGGCUCUGAGAACUGUAGGAGGAAAAGUAAUGACUUUUAAAUUUCCUUUCCCGUGA